AUGGCCAAUCCCUCAGAAGCAGCCCCACUGCUUGGCAACGGCACCGCCAACGGGCGUCAUCACCACGCCCGGCUUCACGGAGCCGAACCGGCCGUCGAGCGGGCCCCACUCAAUUCACCACUGCUCCGGCCCGACGCUCUCAGACGGCCUUCGCAGAGGCACCUCGCACACCAGCACGAUCCCCACCACCACUCCGAGGAGCACAGCAGCAAUGGGGACACGAUUCGGGACAUCACCAUCGGCUUCGCAGACGGCCUCACCGUUCCCUUCGCCCUGACAGCCGGCCUCUCCUCGCUGGGGAGCACCAAGCUCGUCGUCAUCGGCGGCCUGGCCGAGCUCUUCUCGGGCAUGAUCAGCAUGGGGCUGGGGGCCUACCUGGCCGCCGCCACCGAGCGCCAGCACUGGGAGGCCGAGUACGAGCGCGAGCGCUGGGAGGUCGACCACUGCCCGGACCGCGAGCGCGAGGAGAUCUACGAGGUGUUCGACAAGUACGGCAUCUCGCGGGGGGCCGCCCGCGGGGUCGUCGAGGAGCUGUGCGUCACGGGCGACCCCAAGCGCGAGGAGGGGUGGCUGCGCUUCAUGAUGGACUUUGAGCUGCAGCUGCCCGAGCCCGACACCAGCGCCGCCUGGGUCUCGGCCGUCACCAUGGGCCUGAGCUACUUCGUUGGCGGGCUGAUCCCCAUGAUUCCUUACUUCAUCAUGGACUCGGCCCAGCAGGCACUUUUGGUCAGCAUCGCCAUCACGGUCGUCAUCCUGCUUGUGUUUGGCUACGUCAAGACCUGGGUCACCAUCCACAACAAGAGGGCCGGCGUGUGGGGCGCUCUGCACACCCUGCUGAUCGGUGCCCUGGCUGCGGGUACGAGUUACGGCAUUGUGAGGCUCCUCGAUUCCGGCGAUGGGUCCACUUGA